AUGGCUCUGCCAUCAGACGCUUCUCGUCCAGCAGGAUUGCGACGGGAUGUGCACGACACUCGCACGCCCCUCUUGGCCCAUCGUGUGGCACAGCUCAACUCUUCUUUGCUGUCUGUGCGCGCCAAUGCAUCCUCCAUCUCUUCUGCCUCCUCAUCCUCUCGACAGCCCGUCUCGGCCACCUUUGGCACGCUCAGCACCGCCGACAUCGCCUUUUUUGACGCAGUCAUCACCCACCUGCAUGGCGGAGCGUCCGAUUUUGCCUCUCUAAAGAAGGCCUACAAUGCCGUCAGAGCUCUCCCACUGCCAAGCCCUUGCAAUGAGGAGAAGGACGCAUUCCUGUGGGACAAGACGCUUUGUCUGCUCCAAGUGAGAGGUCGCGAUUGGUCCAGUAGGUGGGAUGCUGUGCGCAUGGCGCUUGGACUGGAACCUCGCUCGACGGGCAGCGGUGAGGAUGCGACGCUGAGGUCAGAGGACGCAAGCGAGAGCAGCGAGGAAGACGUCACGACGGGAGGAAGUGCUGAUGAAUUGGAGCGCUGGAGACUUCAAGCUGCUCAUACCAACAUCCACAGAAAUCCUGGCCAUAGGCACGCAGCGCGACACCCAGACGCCCGGCAGCAGCAAAGCCAGCCAUCGAAGCUACAGUCUCUAGCUGCGCAGGCGCGAACGCUCUCUCGGCAAGCGGGACGAUCUCAGGAUGGCGAUGAUGGUCACAGACCGCACGGGCAGGAUAAGGGAGCUUAUGUAGACACUGCUAGCGAUUCUUCCACACUUGCGCCUUCAGCGACGUAUGCCAUGUCGGAACGCCAAAAGGCUAUCCCUGCUCAGCAAUCAGUGCCCCGUAAGCUUCGUCAAUAUUCCGGAACACCGCCAAAUUGCUCCGAGUCGGACUCCCCAGACCUGCAACGGCCCAUUCGUGCGAUGCACCCCAGCAAAGAAGGUCUCACUGGCGUCGAACCGUCGAACCGACCACGCGCCCAACCAUCGGACACCGAUCGAUCGGCUUCUCGUGGACCUCAGGAGAGGCGCGACACACCUGCGCGGACAUCAGCACAGAACGAAGUGCAAAGACGUUUCGCUGCGGUGAUCGCCCGGUCUCGCGAGGAGCGGGCAGCUCUUGCAGCAGCUGAAGCCGAGCGAGUAGCUUUGGCGGAGGAGCUAGCUCACGCGCCAGCAACACGGCUGGCUGAAGAGCAUGAUCGACGAAAGAUCCUGCGGCCUGCACUCGACUGGUGGAGGCAACGCUUUCAGCGAUUAGAGGCCAACGCAGGCCGCGUAGAUCGAGCUCAUGGUCAAAUCAUCUUGUCCAAGGCGCUGAGGUAUUGGGUCAAGCGUCGCCAGGCCAAAGAGCAGGCAUUGAACGCCGCAGGCGGCGUGGACAAGGUGAGAUGCCUUCUAGGCGCUUGGAGAGUAUGGAGGAAAACGUGUGCGCUUCGUAAGGAGCAUCGCAAGGAGGCCCGCGUUGCCGAGCUCAAAUCUGCCUGGGACGCAGUCACGUCGAAACGCGACCACAGGGCGAAAUGGAGAGCAUGGGAGGUGAGUCUUGCGGGUGUGCUUUGCAGCAGAAAGCAUCAUUCUAAUUGACGUGAUCACACGCAGGAGUGGCGCUCGCGCUUCCUGCAUCGCUUUGCUGGAAGACUGCGAGAGGAGCAUUUAGUCCGCGGAGCAUAUUCAAUGUGGAACCUCGCCCUAGCGCGAUCACGCCGCCUGAAGGCUGUCGAAAACGAGAUGUCCCAGACGAUGAUGCGCAAUCGGCUUGCAGACUCCUUGCACUCGUGGCAGAAGCGCUUGGCUUUGAGGCGAGCAGAGGCCGAAGCAUCGCAAAGGUUAGAUGACCGCUUGGUCCGGAGCGCAUUUGAGGCUUGGCGCAAACAGGGGUGAGUGGUCAUUGACAACGUCUGAGAGGUCGUCAGCGCUUCAAGAGUCUCACUUCUGCUUUAUCUCAUCUCACGACAGUGAAUUGAAUGUUUUGGCAACCAACUUCCUCGCGCUGCGAGUCAAAAGAGGCGCUUUCAAAGCUUGGCAAACAGCGACAAGCGAGCGCGCAGAUCAAAAGCGCAGAGAGUCGCUCGCCGAUCGCUGGCGAGUCAGACGGAAGAAGCGUCAGACCAUCAGCCGCUGGCAGAACAAGUAUCAAAAGCUUGCGGACAUGCAGGAUAUCGCCUCUAGUUUUCUUGUCAUACGAGAAGAGCGCCUGCAACAUCGCGUGUUGACGCAGUGGAUGCUGGAAGAGCGCCUUGUGCUUGUGCGCAGAGUCCGCAGUUCUAGGACAGUUGCUACCGCUUUCAAGGGUUGGAAGGACCGGAAGUCGCAUUUUGCGGCGUUGCUCGAACCGAAAGCAGAGCAGGUCCAGGCUCGCUCGCGGCGCGCAGCUACGAGGAACGUGUGGUCGAAAUGGCGGCGAAGGCAUAAUCUUCAUGAAGCUGAUGCUGCCGAGGCUGACGCGUUUUUCGCCAAGCGCCUAUUGUCCAAAAGCCUGGCACAGUGGAGCUCUUUGCUGGAAUCGAAGCGUCAGAUGCAGCGCAGAGCCGCUAA